AAAAGGGAGAAAUGUAACUCCCACUUGAAUUGAAACCACAGAUAAAGCCGACGACUAACGCAGCUUCUAAGAGGAGAGUAAGAACGGCUCCAAAGCAAAGACAUGACCAUGGCGGAGUACAAGCUAGAGGUGACAACGGGUGACAUGAAAUAUGCAGGGACAAUGGACAACAUAUACAUCACCCUGUUUGGAACAGAAGGGAAGAGUGACCGAACUAAGUUGGACAACUUGGGCAUCGACUUUAUAUCCGGCAAGACAGGAGCAUACACCAUAAAAACCAGUAUGUCACUGGGAAAGCUUCUUCUUGUCAAGGCUGAGAAAGAUCCAUUUUUUCUAAUCUCAGAAGAUGAGUGGUACUGCUCCAGAAUAGUGGUGACCACUCCAGAGGGAGAUGUCGUUCUCUUCCCCUGUUACAGAUGGAUCUCCAGGGGACAGCUGGUGGAGCUCAGAGGAGGGCGAGCUAUGAAGGUUUUUGAUGAUGAUCAUCCUCUGCUGAUUGACCACAGAAGAAAUGAGCUACUAGAUAAAAAGAAAUUGUACCAAUGGGAGAUCACUGAUGAAAAGCUACCGCACCACAGCCAUUUUAAAAAUGUGUCUGAGUUUCCAGCUGAACUACGUUUCUCUGCAGCCAAAUCAGAUGAGAUGCUUCAUACCAAAAGGAUGGUUGGUGUUGAACUGAUGUUCAAGGGGCUCGCUGGAUCUACUAAACAAUGGACAAACACAGAUGAUAUAAAGAAGAUCUUUUGGUUCAAAAAGACUACAAUAUCAGAGUAUGUCAUACAACACUGGAAGGAUGAUGACUUUUUUGGAUUCCAGUUUCUGAAUGCUAUAAACCCGAAUGUGAUCAAGAGGUGCUCAGAACUUCCCCCAAACUUUCCCGUCACAGAGGAGAUGGUGAAGCCAUUCCUGAGAGAUGGAAGCUCCUUGAAGCAGGAAAUGGGGAAAGGAAAUAUCUUCAUCUGUGACCAGAAGAUCAUGGAUGGAAUACCCACCAGGACGUAUGAUGGUCACCCUCUGCAUGUGACUGCUGGCUUGUGUUUGUUCUACAUGAACCCAGAGAACAAACUGAUGCCAAUUGCAAUACAGCUGCAUCAACAGCCUUCUGAGCAGAACCCCAUCUUCCUGCCCAGUGACUCUGAGACAGACUGGCUGCUAGCCAAGCUGUUUAUUAAAAGUUCAGAUCUACUGGAACAUCAAGCAGUCUAUCACCUCAUGAGCACUCACUUUCUGGCAGAGGUCUUUGCUAUUGCUACUUUCCGCUGCUUCCCUGAGAUUCAUCCUCUCUACAAGCUACUGAUCCCACACUUCCGUUACACUCUGAACAUAAACAACGGGGCUCGCAACAAUCUGUUGGGACCUGAUGGGCCUUUAACCAUUAGUUCACUUGGAUAUGAGGGGAUAAAAGAGCUCAUGAGACGGGGUCUCUCCAGAAUGACCUACAGCUCCCUCUGCCUGCCAGAGAACAUCGCUGCACGAGGACUGCAGUCGAUCCCCAAUUUCUACUACAGAGAUGACGGCCUCAAGCUGUGGAACAUCAUCAACAGCUUUGUUAAGUAUAUAGUGGAGUACUAUUAUCCAUCAGACAGUGAUGUGUGCAAGGACGGCGAGCUGCAGGAAUGGAUCAAUGAGAUAUUUACACACGGCUUCUUAGGAAACAAACUCUCUGGGUUUCCGGCAUCCUUUAAUACUGUUGAGGAGGUGAUCAAGUUUAUCACCAUGGUGAUCUUCACAGUGUCAGUUCAACAUGCUGCAAUCAAUAAUGGACAGUUUGACUACAGUUCCUGGGCGCCCUGUGGCUCAGGCUUGCUUCACAAACCUGCUCCAACCACAAAGGGGCAGUCAAGCAUGACGACAUUAUUGGAGACUCUUCCAAAUAUUGGGGAGACCGUAAAGUUUGCAGGAAUGCUUUGGGUACUUUCCCACAAGUAUACAGAUGUGGUUCUGUUGGGUCAGUACCCUGAAGAACGAUUCGAUGAACCUACCCCGAAACAAAUGAUUAAAGAGUUUCAAGCAGAGCUGUCCUACCUCAGUGAAGAAAUUACAGCAAGAAAUUCUCGGCUUGAAGUACCCUACACAUAUCUGAACCCGACUGAAAUAGAGAACAGUGUAACCAUUUAGUCAACAAUACAUUGUAUCCUGCUUUCUUUGUCUAUAAUUCUGGUACAUAUAGUACCAAGUGAGGUGACGCUGGCAGCUUCUCAGGUUUUAUAUGUUAGUUGUAUCAUGAUAAAUACGCAUGUUCAUGUUUUGUAUCUACUAUGUAUUACAUAGAUUACAAGAUUAGUUUGGGGACAUUGGGGGACAAUUUUUUUACAACAAAAUGAGAAAAUGGUUUUUAACUUGUCAUAAUUUCAUGCUUUUUAAAGAAUAGUUAAAAUAGUUUGUUCCUAUACGCCUGAAAGUAGCAUGCACAUCUGAGUAUCUAACUCCAGUGAGUUCAGACUGUCACUCCUUUUUUUGGUUGUAGGAGGCACAUGAUAGACACAUAGUGUGUGCAUAGCUAAUGUUACCAAGGAUAAUGCCUAUUACCCUAACACACAGUUGUUAACUACUUAUAGAUAUGUAAAGGUUAGUCCUUCUUUUAUAAUGCUGAAGAUUUAGACCAGGGGUCUCCAACUCCAGGCCUCAAGGGUCCUUGAUGUUGAGGGUCCUUGAUCCAACACAGCUGAUUCAAAUGGCUAAAUUACCUCGUCAACAUGUCUCGAAGUGCUCCAGAGGUCUGGUAAUGAACUAAUCAUUUGAUUCAGGUGUGUAGAGCUAGGGUGAGAUCUAAAACCUGCAGGACACCAGCCCUCGAGGCCUGGAGUUGGAGACCCCUGAUUUAGACUGUGAGCCAAUGUAAAGUUUAUAGCACAGUUGUAUAAAAUAAAAAGCACCAGUAAUUACCAAAAUCAUUUUUUAUGUUUUUGUAAUGGUUAGUGCACCAGUAUGCACGAGCUGAUUCGUAAGUAUUGUUAUCCAUUAAUUUUCAAAUAUACUGUUUUAUAAAAAAGAAGAAGAAAUAGUAAAGCUCAUUAUUUUUUAAUUAAGAUACCAAAUUUUAUUAUUUACUCGUAUUCCUGAACAGAAAAAAAAUAUGCUUGGUUCAAGUCCAAUGUGUUGGCUAACAUUUGGGUAUAAAAAUGUGAACUCACUUUAUUUCCCUAAUAACAAUAUAAUUCUUAAUUUUAAACAACUUUUUGAGAAAUUUCUAAAAUAUUUAUUUUGUGUUUUCAUGACAGAUGGCUUAACAAUCAUGUUAAGCACUGUACAAUAUACAUUUUUUCACUUUCUUUUUUUAUGUGGUUCAGAAUUGAUUUAAAGGGAUCAGCCAAACAGUGUAAAAACGCUGGGAAACAGAAAAAUUAUCAAAAAAAACAACCCAGUAUGCAGGUACAGACCUGCAGGCAAACCUGACACACUACACAAACUGGCUUUAAAAAUAACAACCACAAAGAAGGAAAUUUAUUCACGACAGAACGGUGGGAACAAUCACGCUUUGUGUAAAGCUGUAUGUUUUAAUUUUCCUUUUGCUGUGACAUUAAAUACCAAUAAAGAAAUACUAAUGAGGCUCAGCAAA